AUUAAUUUGCUGGAUCUGAUUGUGGUAUAUGUGCCUUGUAUCUGUCUGAUUGCUUGUUCAAUGUAAUGUCAAUAUUGUACAACAUUCAGGCCUUUUGAACUUUAGUCUUGUAAAUCUCCGUUACGGAUUAUAAUACGAUCCUGUGCAACAGGUUUGGCAUAUGGGUUCUAAACCAGUGGAAGAUAUAAUAGAGUGUUCAUCAGGGGUUCAUUUUUCAGGAUUUCACUUGAAUGGCUUACAAAAAAUAAAUACAAAGGUUGAACAACAGACAACCUCAGUGGCUGAAAGUGUGCAUAGACAACCUUUUGUCAUUGGAGUUUGCGGUGGUGCAGCAUCAGGAAAGACUACAGUUUGUGAUAUGAUUAUUGAGCAGCUUCGUGAUCAACGAGUCGUACUUGUCAAUCAGGAUUCUUUUUAUCAUAAUUUGACUCCUGAGGAACUUGCAAAUGUUCAUGAAUACAACUUCGACCAUCCUGAUGCAUUUGACACCGAACAAUUGUUACUUUCAAUGGAAAAGUUGAAGCAUGGGCAAGCAGUCAAUAUUUCUAAAUAUGAUUUCAGAACUUACAAGACUGACGCCUCUAAACCUCGAAAAGUCAAUCCUUCAGACGUGAUACUCUUGGAAGGUAUACUCAUUUUCCAUGAUGCUCGCGUCCGGGAUCUGAUGAACAUGAAGAUUUUUGUCGAUACAGAUGCUGAUGUGCGCCUGGCAAGGAGAAUAAGACGCGACACAGUUGAAAAGAAUAGAGAUAUAAACAUGGUGCUUGAUCAGUACUCAAAUUUUGUGAAGCCUGCUUUCGAUGACUUUAUACUUCCAACAAAAAAAUAUGCUGAUAUCAUAAUUCCUCGUGGAGGCGACAAUCAUGUAGCUAUUGAUUUGAUUGUCCAACAUAUUCGAACAAAACUGGGUCAACACGAUCUGUGUAAAAUAUAUCCAAACCUCUACGUCAUUCAAUCAACUUUUCAGAUACGUGGUAUGCAUACACUUAUACGUGAUGCCCAAACAACAAAACAUGAUUUCGUCUUUUAUGCUGAUCGUCUGAUUCGCUUGGUUGUUGAACAUGGCCUGGGACAUCUGCCAUUUACCGAAAAGCAGGUGAUAACUCCAACUGGAUCUGUCUACACUGGUGUCGAUUUCUGCAAGAGGUUAUGUGGCGUCUCUGUUAUUAGAAGUGGCGAGAGUAUGGAAAAUGCUUUGCGAGCAUGCUGUAAAGGCAUCAAAAUCGGAAAAAUUCUUAUUCAUAGAGAGGGUGACAACGGACAACAGCUGAUUUAUGAGAAAUUACCCCAAGAUAUCUCCGAGAGGCAUGUUUUAUUAUUGGAUCCGAUCCUGGGUACAGGGAAUUCAGCUGUGCAAGCCAUCUCUUUACUUCUGAAAAAGGGUGUUCCAGAAACCAACAUCAUAUUCCUUAAUCUUAUAUCUGCUCCUCAAGGAGUGCAUGUAGUUUGCAAGCAUUUCCCUAGAAUUAAGAUCGUAACUUCGGAGAUUGAAACUGGGUUAAAUGAAGAGUUUCGAGUAAUUCCUGGUAUGGGUGAAUUUGGAGACAGAUACUUCGGCACAGAUGAUGAAUGAUCAACAGUAUUCCCACAUGAUCCACAACAGGUGCUAGUCUUUCUCCUCAAUCAACACCUAAUGAUCGCCGCCAGAGAGAUUUAGAAGAGCUUAAAGAGUUCAUGUGAGCUGUCAUGGACAUUCACAAUUUUGAGGUUGUUUUAAUUCUAUUAGGGUGCUUGGUAAGCUUGAUGAGGCAGAUUUUAAAGAGUGAUGAGUUGAAUAAUGAAAUAUACCAUGAAAGAACUUGGACACUUUGUCUGUACCUUUUUUCCGGAGAUGCUCUAUAGUAUGUACUGUUAAUAAUGAUAAACUAAAUCCGGUCCCAUUUUGCGGACAAUUUUACUUUGA